CUCGAGGAAGAAGGGGGAGCGCGUUUUAGCUAUCGCCUCACAAGGAGGUUUACUUUUCGCUGCAACGUUCUGCACACGGCAAUAAGGAGGGGUCCGAUGUUCGUUGACGUUCUUGGUUGGAAAUCGGGGGAUGACCAGCGAAAAAGCUGUUUGGAGUUGGCAAAGGAAAGCUCAUUGACUUGUCGACAGCUACAUUGACUAGGAAGAGAGCCUGACAUCAGUCCAGGUUUCUUUAUUGCCUUCAUAAUAACCCUCUUCAAAUAGAACUUGAACAUAAUUAGUUGUUCAGAGCAAUUUAUCAUUAGUUAUACUCAAGUAACAUUGCAACGCAUAUACAACAAAGAAGAGACUGGUGCCCGACCACCAACUCACGGUCGAAACCGAACGAUAUCUUAUUACAGAGAAGAGAGUCACACUCUCAUUUUUUUUCAGCGUUCAACAGAGACUUGGAAGGAGGAAAGGAGGAUUCAGUUUCCCACUUGUUGAGGGUGAUUUUGGACCCAUUUUAGAACUAAAACCCAGAGCAAAGAUGAAGCAUCUGUUGGGUGUGGCUUGCCUGGUGGCUGUUUUAGCGGAGGCCUAUGGACAGGGCUUCGGACAGGGAACCUACCCUAUGGAAGGAUGCAUACCCGGCUGGACUAACUUCGGAAAAUACUGCUAUAAAUUCUUCAACCAAAGAAUGAACUGGCUCCAGGCGCAACGAGAAUGCAAUAAAUAUUCUGCCCUCAACGGUACCACGCCUAGAGGCUAUCUCAUGACGUCGAAAGACCAACAGCACAACAAUUUCCAGCACAAUUGGCUGCGUUACACAGGGGGAGGACUAAACAAAGUAUGGCUGGGACUUUCGGAGAAAACCAACAAUAACUACUUCUGGGCCGACGGAACCCCGCUGCUCCCCACCCAGUGGAACAAGUGGAAGAUCGACCAGCCCCAGCUCAACGCCCACAUACAAGGCGUCCACACAUUCGACAACAUGGUGGAUAUGACCUGGGUGACGUCAUUCUACAAGACCGAGAUGUCGUUUAUCUGCCAGUAUCAAUACAUGCUCUAGAGUGGAGCAGUUUUUAUAUGUUAUUAUUUUGUUUCCCUUGCUUUGUUUCAUAAAACUUGCUUUAAAUGUAAUAACAGACACAUACAAAAAUGAAAGAAACAUUUAAUAGCAUGGAUUAUCAUGGGGAAUUCGACACACAAUUACUGCACAUGGAAACUGCCGACAGUAUGUCUUUAAAUGAAAGUAAUUGAUUUCGGAAGCUUAUUUCAGUUACUGUUCGUUAUUGUAUCAAGCUUUAUUAGAAAAAUAUUUUUCAAAAAUAUAUAUGCCAGAAAUUGAAAUUAAACAUUCUUUAUGAAAAAUCCGCUUAAAAACUCGGAACACGUUAUAUGCUAACGUGAAAACAUACAGUGCAACUGUGGUUUUAUUGGUGGUUUUACAAAUGUAAAGGAGAUAUUCUGUAGAAUGAAGAAGGUCUAUCGCAUUUCUUGCGAAAGCUUGUUGCAGGCUUGUGCUAUGACUUAAAAUAACAAUACAUAUAAGUUGAGUAGGUAUGUUAUUCGCCUGUGAAUUAGACUCAAAUGAACUAUUACUAAAAGGGUAGUUUAAUAAAAGUAAUAUUUAUUAAGAAAUUAUAUUGUGUAACGGAUAUAGAAGUAAACAAUUUUCGAUAAAAAAAAAGAAUGAAGGGUAAAGUAAUUGAGGAAAAUAAAGGAACUAGGGAUCGGAAACAAG